GAUUCCCACCCGUUCCAGCAGUUGCAGCAACAGUCAAAACACAGUGGGUGUGUCAGUGAUCAAAUCCCGAUGACGACCCAAAUCGCAAGGUUACUCUCCUCUCCUCUCCUCUCCUCUCCUCUCCUCGUCUAGUUCGUUCUCGACCAGCAACUUCAACUUGUAGUUACUGCUGUCCCCAUCCCAUGCAACGCCAUCCAAUUCCACCAUCUAUCUGUUUAUAAACCAGGAAGCAAGCAAAAGCAAGCAAGCAACAGUUCCGCACACCUACGCUCCUGCAGAGUCAUUUGUAUUUGAAGCGCCGAGAGAGAAAUGGAUCCUGAAGCAUUUGCGGUUGUUGGGUUGCGAACCAUGGGGGGACUGGAGGAGCUUUUCGAGGCCUAUGGGAUACGGUACCUCACCGCCUCCAGGAUCGCGGAGAUGGGUUUCACCGCCAACACCCUCCUCGACAUGAAGGAGGAGGAGCUCGACGACAUGAUGAACUCCCUCUCCCACAUCUUCCGCUGGGACCUCCUCGUCGGCGAGCGCUACGGCAUCAAAGCCGCCAUCCGCGCCGAGCGCAGGCGCCUCCUCGAAGCCGACGACCGCCGCCACCACCUCCACUCCACCGACCAUCCCCUCCUCGAUGCUCUCUCUCACCAAGGGCUGUCGGAGGAACAAGUGGUGCAGCACACGGAGAAGGAUCAGGUGGGCGGGGCGGGAAGCGCGGACACGGCGGGGACGACGAGGGGGGUCCAGCAACAGAGGAAGAAGCACCGUCAUCGUCACCGCAUCACCGCCGCGAGGAAAGGAGCGGCCGCGGAAGAGGUCGAGGAGGAGGAGGAGGAAGAGGAGGAGAUGAGGAGGCAGAGGGAGCACCCCUUCAUAGUGACGGAGCCCGGGGAAGUGGCGCGUGGGAAGAAGAACGGCCUGGACUACCUCUUCCAUCUCUACGACCAGUGCCGCGACUUCCUCCUCCAAGUGCAAUCGCUGGCCAAGGAGCGGGGCGAAAAAUGCCCCACCAAGGUGACGAACCAGGUGUUCAGGUACGCGAAGAAGGCGGGAGCAAGCUACAUAAACAAGCCGAAGAUGAGGCACUACGUCCACUGCUACGCCCUGCACUGCCUGGACGAGCACGCCUCCAACGCCCUCCGCAAGAGCUUCAAGGAGCGCGGGGAGAACGUCGGCGCCUGGAGGCAAGCCUGUUACCACCCCCUGGUCACCAUCGCCGGGCGCAGGGCCGGCUGGGACAUCGACGCCAUCUUCAAUGCGCACCCUCGCCUCUGCAUCUGGUACGUCCCCACCAAGCUCCGCCAGCUCUGCCAUGCUCACCGCCACUCCUCCGCCUCUGCUGCUUCCUCUGCUUCCACCUCCACGUCUGCUCCCAACGCUCACCAUCUUGACCUUCCUUACUAG